AUGGCCACCGACGCUCCAGACACCACCGACGCAGCGCCCGCCGUGGGGUUGCCGCAAAACGGGCAACUGCAGAGCCGCGAAGUGCCCAACGGACCUAAUCCACCCCCGGAGAUUGUCUCUCCGCAGGACACCAAGCUGCCUACUCGAAAGGACACAUCGUUGCGAGAGUUUUUGAACAGGAUUGACGAUUACGCUCCGAUUAUUCCCGAUGCCGUUACGCACUACUACAUGACCAAAGCUGGUUUGCCGCCACCACCGCAAACUGACCCUCGACUUGCCAGACUACUCGCCCUCGCGACCCAGAAGUUCAUCGCGGAUGUCGCAGCAGAUGCCUACCAGUACAGCAGGAUCCGCGCGUCGAGCAACACCAACAACCCGAUGGGCACGCUAGGCGCGGCUGCCGGGUUCCCUAUUCCCGGACAGCAGGCCGGCCAGCCCGGCAACAAGGAUCAAGGGAAGGGUGUGCCUCUGGGCAUUCAACGCCCUGGGUAUGGUGGCGGCGGCCAGGGUGGGAGCCAGAAUAGAACGGUUCUGACCAUGGAAGAUUUAGGAAUGGCUGUGGGCGAGUAUGGCGUCAAUGUGAAGAGAAGCGAGUUCUACCGCUAG